ACAAAAAGAAACGUCAAAAACAGCGUGUCCGGCACAACUAAACAUUUCAUUUGAACUAGUUUUAUAUUAAAUUAAUAUUUCUAAUUUAAAAAUGAAAUUUGUUAUAGAAAAUAUAAGCAAGUCUUCUGGGCGACUUGGGCAUUUAGUACAAGCGGAAACGGAAAAACGUUUUCGUACACCAUUGUUGGUACAAACAACUAAAGCUGGAAGCAUUCCAUACCUUAGUCGCGAGGUGUUCGAUUAUGUCACGAAAGAGAUACCAGCCUUGCAGUUUUCAUUAUCCACCAUCGAUCAUAUGACGGAGUCGCUUAAAUUGUUUAAUGACACAUUUGGCGCAUAUGUAGGCUAUCCAGAAUGUCUGUCAUUAUUGCUGGUACGAGACGCUUGUACGACAACGCCGAGCGGACACAACGACAAGGAUACAGUGCCACUUUUCACAAGAAGGGGCAAGGAAAUGCUAACAACGACGCGUUAUAUGGACGCAGUUGAAGUGUUGAAACCCGAUAUAUAUCAAGGCCUUUGUGAUGCUGAUACAAAUAUAGAAAGCGCUAAAAAACGCAUAGCAAAGUGUGUCGAUCGUACAGCAAAUUUUAUGGAACUCUGUUAUGAGCGACAUCAAAACUCUAAAGUAUUAAAUAAGAGCGCGUUAUUCGUACCCAUCGUUGGUGGCUACAGCACAUUUGCGCGUUCCGAUUCUAUUAAGCACGCCAAAGCGAAAGGUGAAAAUAUUUCGAGUGGUUAUAUUUUUGAGGGUUUCCACAACAAUGGACUCACUGCCACAGAGGUAGAUGCUGACGAGCUUGUAAAAGUGAUGUCACAUUGUUUGAAUGAAUUAAAUGUUGAAAAGCCAAAAAUGAUGCCUGGUGCCUAUACACCAACAGUAAUGUUGGAAUUAAUAUCCUUAGGUGUAGAUAUGUUCGACACAUCUUAUGCAUAUUGCGCUGCCUCAAAUUUUAAAGCACUUACAUUCAAUUUUGAUUUAACAAAAACUGAAAGUGAAAAUUUUACGCCAUUUUUGGACAUAACUGAGGAUAGUUUGAAGGAGGACUUUACACCAGUGCUAGCGAAUUGCGACUGUCUAACAUGCAAGAAACAUACGCGCGCUUACUUGUAUCAUUUAUAUAACACAAGGGAGAUGGCUGGACCCAUACUGAUUAUGAUUCACAAUUUGCACCAUAUGUUGAAGUUCUUUAAUACCAUUUGUAAUUGUAUCGCCGAGGACAAGCUACCUGAUUUGCUCAAAGUAGUGAAAUAUCAAGGAAACGAGGCUGCUGUUGAUUAUAGUAUUAAACUAAAUACUAAAGCAAUUAGUAAAAACGAUCAGGGUAAAAGUUUUACUGUAGCUAAAGAUGAAAAAUAA